AUGCCAUACCACCUGUGGAAGGUCAGGUUGUCCUGUCCUGAAUGUGGAAAACAGCUCACAGGUGCUGGAGUCCACAAGAGAGCUCGUCUGGUUCUGGAUGUGGACAGGUAUUACCUGAUGAUAACAGAGACUCUUAGGUGUAAUUCUGUUGACUGCAAAACCAAUUACAUCUCCUCAAGCAAGACCAUAUUAGACCAGCUGGAUUUGGCUCACAGGCUUGAGUUCAGUAUGAUCCUGACUCAGAAAUAUGCUUGUGAUAUCCAAGUGACAAGAUUUCUGAAGGAGAGAACGCUCGGUAACAGCCCCAUUUACUUGGUCAGGCAGCUGAGGGAAAACCACAGUGAGGAGUGGCUUAAGUGUGUCUGCCGGUACCUCUGGGCAUGCUCUGCCUUUGUUGCUCAACCGAGCCUGCUACCUGUCACGUUCCAGGACCCACCUCAACCAGUGGCCAUACCAACUCACUGGUGGAUCCUGGCCGUGUAUGGACGUGACAUCCUGAGCAGGCUGGAUCACAUCAAAGCCAGAAUAACGUCUACCUUUGGCACCGUGCUUAAAAUAGACUCAACAAAAAAGAUCACCAAGAUGUUGUCAGGCAUUGCCAAGGGGACCACUUUAUGGCUUACAUCAAUGAACAGGUGGGCCAAAUCCUUAUCAGUGUCCUGACAGCUCAGGAGGAUCCAGGACUUGACACCAUGAUUGCUCGUCUAAUCCAGAGGUACAGCAGUGCUGAUGUGGCUCCUCCUCAUCUAAUUUAUGUUGACACUGACUGUUGUAAGGAAGAUGGAGAGACCUGGCUUAAA